GAUGUGCUGGCAGGGCGAGUGAUUGGGGGCCACGAAGCCCAACCAAACAGCUGGAAGUGGCAGGUGUCACUCCAGAUCUCCUAUCCCAACGACCCCGGGUACUACACUCACAUUUGUGGUGGAACCCUUAUCAGCAGCAAAUGGAUCAUGACUGCAGCACACUGCCUCAGCGUGCCCCCUGGAGCAUCCUACCGGGUGGCUCUGGGCGAGCACAACCUCCUGGAGGUGGAUGGCACCGAGUACUACGUUGGUGUGGAUGCAAUCUUCAUCCAUGAGGGCUGGAAUCCCAACGACAUUGCCAACGGCUCUGACAUCGCCCUGCUGCGCCUCGAAUCUCCUGCCAGUGCCAACGGAUUCGUUGAGCUGGGAGCGCUUCCACCCAAAGGAGAAAUUCUGCCCAACGACUAUCCCUGCUAUAUUACUGGCUGGGGAGUGGUCAGUGCGGGCGGUGGCAGCGCAGACAGGCUGCAGGAGGUGAUGCUGCCAGUGGUGGACCAGGAGAUCUGCUCCCAGGAGGACUGGUGGGGAUCCCAGGCAAAGGACACCAUGCUCUGUGCAGGUGGAGAUGGUGUGAGAGCAGGAUGCAGCGGGGACUCUGGGGGCCCUCUCAACUGCUACAGGGAUGAUCACUGGGAAGUCCAUGGGAUUGUGAGUUUUGGGUUAGUUCCCUACUGUAACACCUACCAGAAGCCCACAGUCUUCACACGUGUGUCAGCCUAUGUGGACUGGAUCUACAGCACUAUGGAGAAUAAUGGAGGUUUCUAG